ACAACGAAGGUAAGCGUUGUUUGUAGGAAGAAGAAGCCGAUUCUGGAAGCCAUUACGUUGCACAGAUCAAUUGAGUAAAUCCUACUAUUUUACGUACAAUACGCACAAUUAUUUAAAAGAAACAGCAAUUUAUGCAAAUAUGGCAUCGAAUGGCAAAAAGAGAAAAAUGAAUUUUUCGGAGAGAGAGGUCGAAAUUAUUGUGGAGGAAAUUGAGAAACAAAAGCACAUACUCGUUAACCACUUCAAUGCGGGAGUCACUCACAUAGCAAAGAAUAACGCAUGGAUAGAAAUCCUGAAGAAGGUGAACGCUGUAACAACCUCCCCAAGAGAAUUGGCCGAGGUCAAGAAGAAGUGGUCAGAUAUGAAGACCGAGGUGAGGCGCAAAGUGGCACAGGCGAGGGCGGCAAUUGAGGAGACCACUACCGACUGCACUCCGGUUUCCGUUAUCCUCACUGCUAUGCAGCAGCGUAUUUGUAACCUCUUGGGAGAGGCGACUAUCAUCAGUUUACCUGCUGGAGACCCAAAUGCUGAGAUAACUUUACCUGUUACUAUGAGCUCAGUCACCACCGUGACACUCACGGAAAGCCUUCAGACAGCUUCAGCAUCAUGCGAGGAGACGAAAUCCCUAGAUGCUGAGACCACGUACCACACCCUGGAGGAAGGCGGCAUGGUGGAGUACUGCACCACCACCGAGGCCACACCCACCGUGGUGACCGCCAUGGAGUCGCAUCCAGUGGAAAUGCUGACGGCAGUGUCUUCGACCCAACCGCCCAGCCAGGCCAAGCCCCAGGAGCUGAAGAGCCGCAUUGCACUCAACUCGGCACGGCUCCUUCAGGAACAGCGGGUCACCAAUGUGCACGUGAGGCAGAUCGCUCAGCAUCUGGAGGGCCAGAACCAAUUAAUUCAGAUGAUCCGUAGGUCCCAGGAGGCGCAGGCCUACGCCCAGGAGAGGCAGGCCCAGGCCCUGGAGGGCACCCAUGCAGCCUUGCUGGCCCUGGUUCAGAUGAUGAGGCCGGCUCUCAAAGACCUGAAGAAGUUCCUGCAGAGCGGGACUGACAACUCCAACAACUCGGGGACUCCUGCAGAGGGCUCGCAAUAGAGGCCCAAGAUCCCGUUGCCACAGCCAGCCGAGAAUGAACAAUGUGUGUGUGUGUGUGUCAGAGAGAGAGUGUGUGUCAGAGAGAGAGUGUGUGUCAGAGAGAGAGUGUGUGUGUCAGAGAGAGAGUGUGUGUGUCAGAGAGAGAGUGUGUGUGUCAGAGAGAGAGAGUGUGUGUCAGAGAGAGAGAGUGUGUGUCAGAGAGAGAGAGUGUGUGUCAGAGAGAGAGAGUGUGUGUCAGAGAGAGAGAGUGUGUGUCAGAGAGAGAGAGUGUGUGUCAGAGAGAGAGAGUGUGUGUCAGAGAGAGAGAGUGUGUGUCAGAGAGAGAGAGUGUGUGUCAGAGAGAGAGAGUGUGUGUCAGAGAGAGAGAGUGUGUGUCAGAGAGAGAGAGUGUGUGUCAGAGAGAGAGAGUGUGUGUCAGAGAGAGAGAGUGUGUGUCAGAGAGAGAGAGUGUGUGUCAGAGAGAGAGAGUGUGUGUCAGAGAGAGAGAGUGUGUGUCAGAGAGAGAGAGUGUGUGUCAGAGAGAGAGAGUGUGUGUCAGAGAGAGAGAGUGUGUGUCAGAGAGAGAGAGUGUGUGUCAGAGAGAGAGUGUGUGUCAGAGAGAGAGUGUGUGUCAGAGAGAGAGUGUGUGUCAGAGAGAGAGUGUGUGUCAGAGAGAGAGUGUGUGUCAGAGAGAGAGUGUGUGUCAGAGAGAGAGUGUGUGUCAGAGAGAGAGAGUGUGUGUGUGAGAGUGUGUGUGUGAGAGAGUGUGUGUGAGAGAGUGUGUGUAUGAAAUGUGUUUGUGAGCUUGCUCAUGCUUGUAUGAAAUAUGAGAACUUUGAGAGAAAGAUAACUGCAAUGAGUUCCCUUAGAAUGAGCAUGCACAGAGGUUUAGGGUUGUAGUUCUAGAUAGACAUACUACAUAUCUAGAUAGAAAUAAGUUGCUGUAAUGGUUGUAAAAUGAAGUCACAUUUUCCACUAUUGAUUGGUAUAAUUGACCAUAGCCAUACUUACUAAAAAGAGUAUAUAAAAUCUUCAAAAACAUAUUCUUCUUAGAAGAACUAAAUUGACCCAGGCAGAGCUGUUCUAUUAUUUCAGUUGUUAUUCCUUAUAUGAAAUUGGAAUGGAAGCCAUUUUUCUUUACAGACAAUGGGCCAGAAUUGCAUCACGAUUUUGUAUCUGUGCAGAAUUGUUUAUUUUUCCAAGUGAUAUCAAAUAUUUAAAAAAUCAUAGCAACAAAAAUAAACUUUGUUUAAAUGAUA